AUGCGAGAGAGAAAGAGUGGGCUAAAAGUGCAUAGAAUUGACCGUGAUUACAACCAAAAGAAGAAAAAGGGUGGCGGCCACAAGAGCGCCUGCAGAGACCGUCGGGUUCAAAAAUCAGAGCUGGCUGAGCAUCAGGCAGAAACUGGACACGAGCGUGAAUGGUCUCAGUCUUCUCGGUUCGUGGAUUAUGAUAUGUCUGCUUCUAAACGUGAAAUUAGAGAAACCAUCGAAAUUAACUGA